AGAUGAAUUUUCCUUUGGAACUCCAUCAAAAGGUUUCCUGCAAGAUUUUCAGUCUCUCGAUCGGUUUCAUACAAAAGGGUCUUCAUCAAAUCCCAGUUUUGGGGUCCAAACUGAGUGUAUAGUUCAUUAAUUAACAAUUUCACUUAUGGGUGCUCAACAGAUUUCGAUGAUAUUCAUAAUUACUGUAAGCCAUUUGCAGACAAUGGUGGGAAUGGUCAAGUUAUGGACAAUUUCCAAAGUGGAGGAUACUUGAAUAUCCCUCAGAGAAAUCCCACUGAUGAUACUAUGGGAACAGAUCAAGGUUACAUGAUCUUCACUACUUGCCAAGACAUAAAACCUAUCAAUUUUGUGGUACCAGAUGAAGUCUCAUGCAUAACAGCAGAAAAUGGGUACAACAAAAAAGUAGGCAUGAAUAAGAAUAUUGCAUUGCCAGAAACUAUGAGGGCAUACAGAGGUCCUAGAAAGUGUAAUCUUGCAAAGGGGCAAUGGACUACUGAAGAAGACAGGCUCUUGAUUGAACUGGUUCAGCAGUAUGGGGUGAGAAAAUGGUCGCAUAUUGCUCAAAUGUUGCCUGGGAAGAUAGGAAAGCAGUGUAGAGAGAGAUGGCACAACCAUCUUAGGCCUGAUAUUAAGAAGGAUGCGUGGAGUGAAGAGGAGGACAAGGUAUUCAUUCACGCCCAUGCAGAGAUAGGAAACAAAUGGGCUGAAAUUGCAAAGAGGUUGCCUGGAAGAACCGAAAACUCCAUCAAGAACCAUUGGAAUGCAACCAAAAGAAGGCGAUACUCGAAACGAAAAUGUCGUUCAAAAUACCCAGAGCCCCUUCUACAAGAAUACAUCAAGAGCUUGAACUUGGACUCAAACACUGCAAAAAAUUGGAGAAAACCUUCUGCUAGUAAUACUACAACAACCAAUGAUACCACCCUCAAAGCACCAGUCCUUCAGCCGGAGUUCUGCUCCAACAAUUCGGACUAUGAUUUUUGUUUUGAUGGAAACAUGUUUCAAGAGGGCUGUAGCAUUGAUUCUCUUCUCGAUGCAAACACGCCCUGUGUUCCUGUUGUUGAUGUGAAAGAUUUUGAUGGAAAAAUGCCUUGUGCUCCUGUCUUCGAUGAGAAUGACUUUGAUAUGGGCAUUCCAGAACUGGAUAUGAGUCCAGUAAUAGAAUGUGAAUCGAAGAAGGGGCUGGAUUUGGUGGAGACGGUCUCUCAAGUCAAUGAAGUCAAAAGAAGUUACUUCAUGAAGAAAACUUAGGGAGGGAGAGAGAGAGAGAGAGAGAGAUGGGAUUUGGCUUCGGAUUUCCUUUCAUUGGCUGAAGUUUUUAAUUUCUUGGUUGCUCCAUAUGUGUCAUAUAUUUUACAUACUCUGUGUCUCUCUUAUCUUGUACAAACAAAACACGUAUCUUAAAGCAAAUCUCUGUCUUUCAUAUAGAGAAAAUAUUUAUACGUUUAACCGGGUUGGGAGGGGUCAUGGCUGAUAACAGAUAACCCCCUAGUUUAAGACAAUGCCAGAGGCAGAUGUAUUAGGCAACGCCGUAUUGUUACCUCUGGCAUUGUCGGCUUGGGGAGACUCCUCAUUCACAUGAUCCUUUACAGUGUUUUUUUGUGAUUAGGAAAAACCAAAACAAACUUGUCCUAUCUAGUGGAACUCUAACAGCAUCAUUGAUAAGCUCACCAACAUAACUGUCAAUCUCCAAAUUUCUUAA